GCUGGUGCACAGCCCCGAUCCUGCACGCCCCGGCGACCCUUGGAGGUCUUCGGGGCCCGGGGCGCCCCCCCCAUCCGACAGAACGGAUGUAGACCCCCCGGGACAGCCGCCCGAGCGCCGGUCAUGGACUCGGGACGAGCCGGAUGCCUCGGGAGUCUCGAGGUCGCCUCGCCGCCGUUUGUGCACGUAGCCCCCUCGCUCUUCCUCGGGAACUCGCGCGCCGCGUCCCAGACGGAGCAGCUGGCACGCGCGGGCGUCACCCUGUGCGUCAACGUCUCGCGCCAGCAGCCCGGGCCGCGCGCGCCCGGCGUGGCCGAGCUGCGCGUGCCCGUGUUCGACGACCCGGCGGAGGACCUGCUGGCGCACCUGGAGCCCACAUGCGCCGCCAUGGAGGCCGCAGUGCGCGCCGGCGGCGCCUGUCUCGUCUACUGCAAGAACGGCCGCAGCCGCUCGGCCGCCGUCUGCACCGCCUACCUCAUGCGGCACCGUGGCCUCAGCCUGGAGCAGGCCUUCCAGACCGUGAAGAGCGCCCGCCCCGUGGCCGAGCCCAACCCGGGAUUCUGGUCUCAGCUCCGGGAGUACGAGGAGGCCCUGCGGUCCGGGUCCCGCUUGCCCGCGGCGCCCUCCGGACAGUGAGCCCUGGUUGCUCAGUCCAACCCCCAAGCCGGGGCUCCGAGUUUCCUGGGGUGAGGUAGUCCAUGCACUCCCCUCGCUUAUUAGACAGGGCUGGGCAAGGAAGGUCAAAACCUCC